GGAAGUUCCUUAAAUAUGGAGCAACAUCGGAUAUCACGCAAGACGGCUCGAGAGCGCUAUCAGGGCGGACAGGCGGACGAGAGGAUCAUCGAACCCGCACACCAGACCGGCUGCGUCUGUCAGAGGAGGAAGUUCAGUUCAAUACGAGAAGAGAGGCGCCGCCACAAGCAGCUUUUAAUCCUACCGCGUCGCUGAAGGACCCCCACCCGGCUCUGUCCGUCCGUCGGUCCGUCGAGGGUCCUGCUGUCCUCCCAAUCCUCCAAUCAUGACGCACCUCCCGCUGCUCUUGGCCGUGUGGGGAGCGGCACUCGUCUCGGCCGUCCGGCCGCGGACCUCUUUCCUGCUGGACUCGUCAGACAGAGGUCUGGUUCACUUCAGCCAACCGAACGUCCGCAACACCACCACCCUGUUGCUAAGCGACGAUGGCUCAACCCUCUACGUGGGGGCACGGAAUAACAUCCUCUCUUUGGACGUUAGCGAUCCUGAGGUCAUCACCCUGAAGGAGGAGACGAGGUGGUCACCAUCUCGGGAGGACAUUGAGGCAUGUUCUAAAAAGCAGAAGAGUGCGGAGGUCGACUGUCCCAACUUCAUCCGCGUGCUGCAGCCCAUGAACUCCACCCACCUCUACGCCUGUGGCAGCUACGCCUACAACCCCCAUGAUGCACUGCUGGACAUCCAGACCCUCACCCUGACCUCCGUCUCCGCCGGUGCCAAGGGCCGCUGCCCCUUCAACCCCUUCGAGAGGAACACGGCCAUCACCCUCGACGGGGAGCUGUUCACCGCCACCACAGAGGACUUCAGGGGCGGUCGGCCCAGCAUCUCUCGUCACUUCAGCCGAGACGGAGGCAAAGCUGUCCUUCUGGAGACCUCCAACUACGUUUUGGACGAGCCCACAUUUGUCAGUUCUGCUUUCGACCAGAAGGAGGGGAAGCUCUACUUCUUCUUCUCGGAGGUCCUGAAGGAGUUCAAUUGCAUGCUGGAGCAAAGGGGAGCCAGGCUGGCUCAGGUCUGCAAGGACGACGUUGGAGGUCAGAGAACCCUCCAGAGGAAGUGGACGUCCUUCGCCAAGUCCCUGCUGCUGUGCCAGCCUCCCAAGCAGCAGCCCUUUGACCUGCUGCAGGACAUGUUCACCCUCCAGCCACCAGGGGGAGACUCCUCCAGAGAGACGCUGUUCUACGGCGUCUUCACAAGCCAGUGGUCCCGGGGCUCAGAGGCGUCUGCAGUGUGUGGGUUCAAGAUAGAGGACAUCAGGAAGGUGUUUUCAGGCGACUACAGGACCUUCAACCCAGACAAGCACCACUGGAGCACCUCAGGAACCCGGAGGAACGUCCAGGGACAGUGCGGCCUGUGGAACGCCAGCGACGUGGUCCUGGAGGAGGUGAAGAAGAGCUUCCUGAGCCACGGCAGCGUGCAGGCGGCCCCGCUCCUGACCUCCACGGGGCCCCACGCCGCGGCCUACAGCCGGCUGGUCGCCACGACGACCCUGUCGGCCAAUCAGAAGGAGUACACCGUCCUGCUCCUGCUGACAGAGACGGGGUUUCUCCACAAGGUGGUGCUGUUGGACGGGGGUCCACGCGUCAUCGAGGAGGUCCAGGUCUUCAGAGAACCUCAGCUGGUCAAGAGCCUGCUGGUGUCCCCCUCCAAGGGGGUGGUGUACGUGGGCUGGUCCGGGGGAGUGACGGCGGUUCCCCUGGCCAGCUGCUCCAGCUACCAGAGCUGUGGCCAGUGCGUCCUGGCCCAGGACCCCUUCUGCAGCUGGGACCCGGACCGGGUGGCCUGCACCCGGCUCCACACAGCGGGAGCGGCGCAGGAUGUAGAGAACGGGAACGCUAUGAAGGAGUGUGCUGGCUCCUCCUUUACUCCUAACACAGAGGCAGUGCCGGCCACUCUGAACGAGGUCCUGACCCUCCCGUGCUCCCAGCCGUCGGCCCUGGCCUCCCUGAACUGGACCGGAGACGGGCUCACCCUGCGCCCCAAGCUCUUCCUGCAUCGCCCCGACGGCAGCCUGAGCUUCGUGGUGCGGGCGGACACCCUCGGGGUCUACACCUGCACCUCCCACGAGGCAGGGUACCACGAAGUCCAGGUGGUCUACACCGUCUCCGAGAAAACCCCGCCCGCGGCCUCCGUCCCCAUUCACGCCCCCACUCACGCCCCCACUCACGCCCCCACUCACGCCUCCCCUCACGCCCCCACUCACGCCCCCCCUCACGCCCCCACAAGCAGCACCUUCCGGGAAGGGUCCGGGAUCGACAACGUCCUCGUAGUGCAGGUUCUCCCAAAGAUCAAGCUGAAUGAGAAAUCCCUUAUUGUAGAGCGCUUGCCGACGGGGCCCACGACGGGCUACAGCCACCCGAAGGGGUCCGACGUGAGGGUGAAGGAGCUUGGCCGGAGCUACUACACUGAGCUGGUGGUGGUGUCCCUGCUGAUGGCGCUGUGUGCCAGCGUGGUGCUGCUGGGCCUGGCCUACUGCUGGCGCCAGAACCGCCCGGGCGGCUUCCCCAAGCCCCAGGCGGGACCCGGGGCCGAGACCCCGGGGAAGUGUGAGGACCAGGAGGACUCACUGGAACUGGAGUACCCGGAAAAGCACUGCAUUCUGGAGCAGGAAGGUCUUGCGCCCGAGGUGCCGGUCCAGGCCUGAGGGGAGGGGCCAGAGGCAGAUCAAAGCUCUCCCUGGUGCCUGAUGCAUAUUUUGUUCGAUGUAGUCGUUUCUACUGCAUCAUGGGAGCUAUAACAAUUCAGACUCUAUAGUCUCUUUAAGGGAGGACUGGUUACCGUGAACACGUUUGUUUAUUUGGAGGUCAUUCCAAUUGCAUCAUGGGUACUGUGUCGGUUUGAGGGGUCACUCACAAAGUGAGGCCAAUUUUGGACUACGAAAGGGGGAGGGAUUUACAGCAAAGUAAAAAUAGGAGAUUGCUCGAUGGACUUGGCUUCGAUUCUUCCUCUUGAUGAAAUAAUCAUGGGGGCGAAACAAAAGUAUCGCUAAGCUGAAGGAAGGCUAACCUGCUAACCUGAAGGAGGGCUAACCCGCUAACCAAAAGGACCGAUAGAUAACAGGGAUACAACUUUAUUAAUCCCCCGGAGCGGAAAUUUCUUUGUUACAACAGCAGUGGAAGACAGAGGAUACAAUACAAUGAAAAAUACAAAAUAUUGCAAAGGAAAGGAAAUAUAAAUGCUAAAGUAAGGACAAAAAAGUAAGAAUUUUGUCCGUCUGGUUGAAUGGAUAACAGUGUUAUAACGGUGGCCUUACUCUGACGUCCACCACAGCCCUGCUACAUACCCUGCUACGUAGCGCCUUAAAGAGGCCAGGGUUGGACCCUGCACUCCGCUAGACCACACCGAGCUGAACACGCUAACCCUUGCUAUAGCAAUGGCUAGCCGCAACGGCGUUAGCAGCUCGACCGCUAGCCAUUGGCGAAUAAAUGGCUAGCAUUUCGCAUAGCAACAGCUACCGGUAAGCAUGCAAAGGAGCGGAAAAUUAGCACAGCGAUUAGCACCGCAACGGCUAGCAGUGAGCAUAGCGGAGGCUUAGCUUUGUACGCAGGCUGCUUUCAGUAUUUUAGUUAGCUUUGAGUGAUGUGCCGACGUUGAACCUCAGUCUCCAUGGAGACCACGUGGAGAUUGAGGAGUAUAUUGAUCCGGAUCAAUACAGAAUGUAACAUUUUAUUUGUCCAUAUUCAAGCUGUGAAGUUCAAUAACUGUGUUUCUCUUCAUAAUUCUCCUUACUUUUGAUGUGUGCUAUUUGUUAAAAUAUUUUGAAUAAAUUGUUCAUUUAAAGUUUAA